CUCUAGGCUUCCUCUCGCCGGAUUCCACAGGGCAUACCUCAAAGGCAAGCAGGAGACGCUGCAUCUCCCUGAUCUCUGUUUCCACCCACCCCUGUGCACUCCUUCCGUGAAAGCCUGUAUAGAACAACCGACGCGAGCAAUAUGAGCAAUACCGAUACCAUCGCGGCCACCGCCGCACAGCCUUCCACCGAACAGACCAACACCUUGGCUGUUAAUCCCGUCGCCUCCAGCAGCAGCGAUAGCGGCAGCAAGCCGAAAGAAGAGGCUCACACCUCCCUCGAGACACCUCAAGGUACUGCCUCUCCGCCACCUGCUUCACGUCCCAAGAAGCGGCGCACAGCACUCUUGCGGCGCCGGAACCACGGCCGGGAUCAUGUGGAGAGCGAAGGGGAAGAGGAUAACGAUGGGCCCGGGGACGGAGGCCACGCGAGCUCGUCAAGUGUGAGCAGCUCCGACGAAGGCUCAGAGGAGGAGGGCUCUGAUGAUGAAGACGUUAGCGACGGGGAUGAUGAGAGUGAAGGGGAUCUCGAAGAUGAGGAGCACAGGGCGGAAAGCCCGGCGGUCGACACUAUCUCGUCAGUGCCGGAAGCAGCAGACCCCGUCACUGGCCCCACGAAAGGAAAGAGCAAGGUGCAAUCGGCCAAGAAGGACAAACCCGAGUCAUGGGACUCGAUCGUCUCGUCCGACCUUCCCAUCUCAGGCACAGCUGCGCUAUCAGGGGAGAAGAAAAGCAAGAGCGGAUCAAACAAAGCGGGCUCAUCAGCCGCAAGCGCAGCUAAUAGUAUUGCAGGCUCCAAAAAGCCGCCAAAGAAGCUGUUCGAAGCGGACGAUUCAGAAAGGGCAUUCAAGGCCCCCGUAGAUGCUGAGCUCGAAGGGGUAGAUUUCGAUCAAUUUUCGCUUCGGGAAGACUCGCCCAGCCGCAGUCCGCGUCAACAGGCACGCGCUGCGGACGGCGCGCGUAGUAUGGGACGAGGAGCAGGGGCCGGCGGCUCAAGGGGUGGUAGAGGCGGUGGUGGCGGUGGUCGCGGCGGAGGGCGUGCAGCAGAGCAGUAUCGCGAAAAGCUGAGCAGCGAUCCAACAUUCACGCCGCGCGUCGGUCAAUUCUGGGGCCACGAUGAGCGUCUUAUGGAUGGGAGCAUGCGCAAGCUCAGCGGGUGGUGGCGCGGGCGCUCGGGUCCGCCUCCGCCGGAUGCACACGCUCAGUCCGGCCGUGGAGCAGCGCCGGCGGGUACUCGGCCUUCCUCGUACGGCAUGCAUAAUGCGCGGUCUCCGCGGGGAGCAGGUGUCACUCGAGGUGUGCGCGGAGGUUUCCGCGGAACUCCUCCGGCGCCGAGAGGGAAGAACUUCAAGGGGUCCGGCGCGGCAAGAUCAGGCUUACUUGGAUGGGGUGACGAUGAUGACGAUGUCGACUACGAUGCACUCGAGGGCAAGACGACGUUCCGCCGGCAGAGGGUCGAGCCUCCGCGGCGUAAGCAGGAGGAGGAGGACAGGACGGCUGCGCCAGAGAAGGUGCCACAAUCUGCAGAAAUGGAUCAGAGCGCAGCUUCGGCGCAUGAUGGCCCAAUCUUGGCUCAAGAAGGCCUGGAAAGUUCCGCCGCCUCAACACCCGCGGCGGCUGCGGCUCAGGCCACUGGUCUCAUCGCAUCUACAAGUGCGCCAGAGGGUCGCUGGGGACAUGAUGGAUUCGAUGUGCUGUUGCAGCAAGGCGAAAGGGCAAAUCGGGGUGGCAAGGGAGCGAAGGGCCGGAAAAAUCGCGGUGGGGCCGCGGUUACGACUCCAGCCGUCACUCCGCCUGCCGCUCAGGCUCAGGCUCAGUCUCAGGCUCACCCUGCGCUAGGCUCGCUUGCUCAACCAUUAAUUGUGCAACAAGCGCAGAAUGACAGCGGUCAAGCGCAAUCGGACCCGCAUUCGCAGCCGCAGUCUCCACCGGAUGGUACGCAAAUGCAAGCCGCAGCCCGUCUCUCGGCAGCUCUGCGUGCACCUACAGGACCAUCAGGCCCCGGAUUUGCAGCUGUCAAGCUCAACAGCUCAGGUUCCGCAGCUGCUGCGGCUGAUCCUAGGGCUGCAGCUACGCAGAUUGUCGCCGGCGGGCCCGCAGCGGCUACCAUGACUCCUCCGGUCCGACUACCUGGCUCUUCGGCAGCUCGCACCAUCAUAUCUGCAGCACGCUCCCCAGCGGCCUCUGGUCUCGCUAUGUCGUUAUCCGGUUCUGGAACGCAGAGCCACGACGGCCAACGUCCCGCUGCCGGUACGCCGCAGCACGAUGACGCUUCGCAGAGCCAGGCGGAGAGCGCACGGAUGUCAAGCCGGCCUUCGAUGAGAGGAGCAGCUCUUCCACCGAUGCUGCAGCCUGCCAUGCCAAUGCUUCCGCCAGGCUUUGCGAUGGAUGCCUCUGGCAUGGUGUAUGACUUGCAAGGCGCACAGCCGCUCGCUGUCGGCUACUACCCGCAGCCAUCGUCCAUGGCUAUGCAGAUGCAGUCCUACUACGCAGGCACGCCGCCCAGCGUCGAGGCGUAUGAUCAGGCCAUGCAUGCCGCCGUCGGCCCUGCCUUACAGCGCGUCAAGCAGGGUCACAGCCACGUCCACGGUCGCAAGCCCAGCACGAUCCCAGCCAGCGCAGCACGCGUUGCCGAGUUCAGACCCGGUUCCGGAUCGGGCGAUCACGCCAGCACGCCGGUCGUUUCAGGAGCCGACCCUGCGAUUCUCAGCUAUGCGUAUGGCGGCGCUAACGAUGGCCGCGUUGGUGAGGCCAGUCGCUUGAAUCGGGACGGCACCGCUCCGCCGUAUGCCGCAACAAACCCUUAUGCGGCAACUGCCGUCGCGCAGUCCGCCUACAUGCAGAUGCACUACAUGGAUCCUUACAGUGGGGCUGGGACACCGCCUGCCGCGGCUCUUGCCGCCAUGUACGCCUAUGGCGAAUCUCCCGCUGCCUACGGACCUGGCAUACCGGAUGCGGAGGACGGAAUGCAGCCAAGCCAUGGGUAUUAUCACCAGAUGUAGUAUUCCAUUGCAAAAUGCACUCCGUCCAGA